AUGCGGGCCAAAGAGGGCCUGGCGACGGUGUGGCCGCGCCAGGGUCCUGAGGCUGUGGCCCGGGCGGGGGUGUUGGGGGAGGGCGCGGUCCACCACGCCCGGGAACCCUUUGUGCGCCCACCACAGAGUGCCGCCUCUCCCGGGCAACGCACCUCGGCGCCCACGUGUGUCGUCUGCUUCGUGAAGGCACUGGUGCACUUGUUCAAGAUCUACCUGACAGCAAACUACACCUACAACUUCCGCGGCUGGCCUGUGGACCUCCGCUGGGAUGACGUGCACGCCGCCGCCGCCGGGGGCCACAGCGGUCACCGGGGACUGACGUGCCCGGCAGCCGCGGCGGGCAUGUGGCUGCUGCAGGGCGCGGCGCUGGGCGAAGACGUGCAGGGGCGGCCGUCCCGCGGGGCGCGCAGCCAGGCGCAGUGCCUCCUGCAGCAGAUCAGUGAGCUGCCCGGCCAGCUCGCCAGCUACGUGCUGGCCCACUCAGUGGGCCGCUGGUUCGUGUACCCUAGUUCCAUGUUCCUGAUGACACGCGCGCUGCUGCCGCUCCUGCGGCAGGGCCAGGAGCGCCUGGUGGACCGCUACCGCGGCCGGUGCGCCAAGCUGGUGGCCUGUGACGGCAACGAGAUCGACACCAUGUUCAUGGACCGCCGCCAGCGCCUGGGCAGCCAUGGCCGCGGCCUGCGCCUCGCCAUCUGCUGCGAGGGCAACGCCGGCUUCUACGAGAUGGGCUGUCUGUCGGCGCCGCUGGAGGCCGGCUAUUCGGUGUUGGGCUGGAACCACCCGGGCUUCGGGGGCAGCACGGGCGCGCCGUUCCCUCAGCACGACGCCAACGCCAUGGACGUGGUGGUCAAGUACGCGCUGUACCGCCUGCACUUCCCGCCCGCGCACGUGGUGGUCUACGGCUGGUCCAUCUGCGGCUUCACGGCCUCGUGGGCCACCAUGACGUACCCGGAGCUGGGCGCACUGGUGCUCGAUGCCACCUUCGACGACCUCGUGCCGCUGGCGCUGAAGGUCAAGCCCCACAGCUGGAAGGGGCUGGUGGUGCGCACGGUGCGCGAGCACUUCAACCUCAACGUGGCCGAGCAGCUAUGCCUGCCCCGGCCGGUGCUGCUGCUCCGGCACACGCCGGACGACGUGGUCAGCACCUCGGGCCCCCUGCGCCCCCUGCCGUCGGGCGACGUGGAGGGCCACCGCAGCAACGAGCUGCUCCUGCUGCUGCCGCACCGCUACCCCGCCGUGAUGGCGCGCGAGGGCCUUACUGUCGUGACCCUAUGGCUGCGUGCCGGCAGCCUGGCGCAGGAGGCCACCUUCUACGCGCGCUACCGCGUGGACGACGACUGGUGCCUAGCCCUGCUGCGCUCCUACCGCGCGCGCUGCGAGGAUCGGCAGGAGGACGAGGAGGCCUGGGGCCCGCACGGGCUCGCUUUCCCCUGGCUAGUGGGCCAGGGCCUGAGCCGGCGGCGGCGCUGGCAGCUCGCGCCGUUCCUGGCUCGCCAGCACCUCAAGAACGUGGAGGCGACCCACUGCAGUCCGCUGGAACCUGAGGCCUUCUAGUUGCCCUGGAGGCUGUAG